AUGGGUCCAGUUGCGCUCCUCCUCGUCCUCGUUGCCGUUGCCGUCUCCGUCGCGCCGGCGGCUGCCGAGCUGCCGCGGCUGGAGCACUCGCCCAAGGCGGAUGGGUCACUGUCCAUCCUUGCCCUCGGCGACUGGGGGAGGCGUGGGGAGUUCAACCAGUCCCGGGUACGCACUGAUCGAUCUACAUGGCAGCAUGGCACGCCCCCCUUCUCGAUCGGCGACACCAGCUGCAUGCAGUAG